AUACGUUCUCUAUUCUCUUCAAACAUAACGUUUUUGACUUUCUCUCUCCCUCAGGAAAAAGUGAAGCUUGAGUGAUCAUGGCCUCUCGGAUUGCUAACGAUGUAACCGAAUUGAUUGGGAACACUCCAUUGGUGUAUCUGAACAACGUUGCUGAAGGAUGUGUUGGUCGUGUUGCUGCUAAGCUCGAGAUGAUGGAACCUUGCUCCAGCGUCAAAGACAGGAUUGGUUUUAGCAUGAUCUCUGAUGCAGAGAAAAAGGGUCUGAUUAAACCAGGAGAGAGUGUGUUGAUUGAGCCAACGAGUGGGAACACUGGAGUUGGGUUAGCAUUCACGGCGGCUGCCAAGGGAUACAAGCUUAUUAUCACCAUGCCAGCUUCAAUGAGUGUUGAGAGAAGAAUCAUUCUCUUGGCUUUUGGUGUUGAGUUGGUUUUAACUGACCCUGCUAAGGGCAUGAAAGGCGCUAUCGCAAAGGCUGAAGAGAUUUUGGCCAAAACACCCAAUGGUUACAUGCUCCAACAGUUUGAGAACCCUGCUAACCCUAAGAUCCACUAUGAGACAACUGGACCUGAGAUUUGGAAAGGCACUGGUGGUAAAAUCGAUGGCUUUGUUUCUGGGAUUGGUACUGGUGGUACCAUAACAGGUGCAGGGAAGUAUCUCAAGGAACAGAACCCGAACGUGAAGCUUUAUGGAGUGGAGCCAGUUGAAAGCGCCAUUCUUUCCGGUGGAAAGCCAGGCCCUCACAAGAUUCAAGGGAUAGGUGCUGGUUUUAUACCAGGUGUCUUGGAGGUUGAUCUUAUAGAUGAAGUUGUUCAAGUUUCAAGUGAUGAAUCCAUCGACAUGGCAAGGCUUCUUGCUCGUAAAGAAGGUCUUCUUGUGGGAAUAUCAUCUGGUGCAGCAGCAGCCGCAGCAAUCAAACUUGCACAGAAGCCAGAAAACGCCGGGAAGCUUUUCGUGGCGGUGUUCCCGAGUUUCGGAGAGAGGUACCUGUCCACAGUACUAUUCGAUGCCACAAGGAAAGAAGCAGAAUCCAUGACCUUCGAGGCUUGAAUAGUCUCUCUCAGCUGGACAAAAAUCAAUCUCCAUUUCUUUGUAUUUAGAGACGCCAUAUAAUAAAAAGGGGAUGUUCAGUUUCUCCUAAAGAGAAAAUCUUCAUCCUCAGUUUCAUUGCGUCUUUGUGUUUUUCUUUCUGUAUCUUCUAUGUGACAACAAAAAUCAAACUCUAUUUUCUCUGUUUCUUCUUGUGAACGAACCAAUUUCUGUUAAUAAUAAGUUUGAAUUUGCAGUGUGAGUUUUUGUUGAUAUAAGAAAUGAUAAUACAAAUCAAAUUCAUACACACAUUCUUCUCACAAUAUUCAAAUACACGUAAAUCAACUGAAAAAAUCUUGAACACCUCUCCCAAUAAACACACGAUCAGAAAGUUCAGCCAAAAGGAAAUUAACGGUUAACAAAACCACGCUCGAACCAGCGAUGACACCAAGCACGACGCCCGUAGUCCCAACCACUUUCUGAAACGCCGGCCACUCAAUCUCCCUAACUUCCUCCGCCACUCCACUCAGAAACUCGCUCUUCCCUUUCCCCUCCUCCGCCUCCGCAGCCGCUUUCCUCUGCUCCAUCGCCGCUUUUAUCUCCGCUCCCAACGCGCUUAUCUCCACCUCCUUUUCUCCCUUCCCGUUCUCCCCAGGUGACGGAGUUGCCUCCUGCUCGGAUUCGGAUCCAGCUGUGUCUCGGCUCUGUUCGAUUGCCUUAGCUACAAGAUACGGUGAUUUCCUCGCACAGAUCAUCGCCGGCGUUCGAAUUUCACGGUGAAACGGAGAUAUACGGUUGCUGGAAGGUGGAGAGGUUGUUCUCCGUAGGCUUCUGGUUAUUCCGGUGACCGGCGGUGAGAAUUGUGCGGUUAGUGACAUCUUCUCGGUUUUGAUUUUUUUUUUUUUCUUUAAUUAUUUUCUACCUUAUCUAAAGGUAGUGAUCAAAUGCAACAUUGACUAUAAUAGAGUUGAUACAGUAUUGGGCCUUUUAGAAGCCCAACGGCCCAAUUAAAUAUUUUCAUUAGUUUUUAAAAAAGCGG